CCUUGCAAAACUUUAGGAGGUAAAGAUUUGGCUAAGAGGAGAUUUGAGAGGAACAAGCCCCACCUGAACGUAGGCACCAUUGGUCACGUCGACCACGGCAAGACCACUCUUACUUCGGCUAUCACUAUGGUGUUGAGCAAGCACACCGGCAGCCAGUACCGGGCUUUCGACACCAUCGACAACGCUCCGGAGGAGAAGGCCAGGGGUCUGACUAUCGCUAUCCAGCACGUGGAGUACGAGACGGAUAACCGUCACUAUGCCCAUGUGGACUGCCCCGGCCACGCCGACUACAUCAAGAACAUGAUCACCGGCGCCGCCCAGAUGGACGGAGCCAUCCUGGUGGUGAGCGCCCCCGACGGACCAAUGCCCCAGACCCGCGAGCACAUUCUGCUGGCUCGCCAGGUGCAGGUGCCCAGCAUCGUGGUGGCGCUCAACAAAGUGGACGCUAUGGACGACCCUGAGCUGCUGGACCUGGUGGAGUUGGAACUGAGGGAGCUGCUCAGCGCCUACGAUUUCCCCGGGGAAGACAUCCCCAUAGUGCGGGUGAGCGCACUCAAGGCCCUGGAGGACGAGGGCGCCCCCGACUCUGAGUGGACUGAGAAGAUACUGGAGUUGAUGCAGGCAGUGGACGACUACAUUCCCAUGCCGGAGCGCCCGCGUGACAUGCCCUUCCUUCUGCCUGUGGAGGACGUGUUCGGAAUCAAGGGCAGGGGAACUGUCGUGACCGGUCGAGUGGAGAGAGGGAUGGUAAAGACCGGCGAUGAAGUGGAGAUUGUCGGCAUCGUUGACACCAAGAAGACGGUGGUAACCGGUGUAGAGAUGUUCCAUAAGACGCUGGACGAGGGCGAGCCGGGGGACGCCGUAGGUUGCCUGCUGCGAGGCGUAGAGCGUGACGAUAUCGAGAGAGGCCAGGUGUUGGCAAAGGUCGGCUCUAUCAGGCCGCAUAACGCCGCUGAGGCGGAGGUGUACGUUCUGAGCAAGGAGGAGGGAGGCCGGCAUACGCCCUUCUUCAACGGCUACAAGCCCCAGUUCUACAUUCGCACCACGGACAUAACGGGCGAGAUCUCUCUUCCUGAGGGAGUGGAGAUGAUAAUGCCCGGGACAACGUCAAGAUGGGCAUAA